AUGACCCCCCUGAAAAAGCUCACAAAAACCGCAAUCGUACUCUUCCCCUUAACUCUCCUAUUCUUCCUAAUCCACAACACCAAACAACCCUCCCCAAACAUCCUCAUAGCCAGAGACACUUUCAUUCCCGACGACAUCCCCUCAUACACACACCCAAACCUAACCCGCCGGCAAGACUAUACCUGCGGCCCCGGCCGCCCCUGCUCCAACGGCGCAUGCUGCGGCGCGAGCGGAAACUGCGGGUACGGAAAGACAUACUGCGGCGAUGGUUGCGUCUCAAAUUGCAAUGCGGUGGCGGAGUGUGGGAAGGAUGCUAGGCCGGCGGGGAAGAAGUGUCCGUUGAAUACUUGCUGUAGUCAGUAUGGGUUUUGCGGGACGACGGAGGAAUUCUGCACCAAAAAACACAAGUGUCAGUCGAAUUGCGUGUUGGACCCGAAGCCGCCGGGUGGCUCUGCGAAGGGGCAGACGCAGAGUAAAGUAAUCGGAUACUACGAGUCCUGGACACACAACAAAAAGUGUCACCAAAUCGCCCCCAGCGAUCUCCCAGUCACUGAGAUGACGCAUCUGAACUACGCGUUUGCGUACAUAGACCCCAAGUCUUAUGAGCUGGUGACUAUGAAGGAUGAGAUACCUGAGAGUCUCUUCCAGAAAACAGUUGACACGAAACAGUAUAACAAGAACUUGAAGGUCUGGGUUAGUGUUGGGGGUUGGGAUUUCUCAGAUAAUGAUACCAUCACGCAGCCGAUUUUCAGUGAUAUUUCGUCGACAGAGGCGAAGAGGAAAAGGUUUGCUGAUAAGGCGAGGUGCAAGCUAACCAACAGACUCGAUAUCGAUUGGGAAUAUCCCGGUGCGCCUGAUCGUGGUGGAAAGCCAGAGGACACCAAGAACUUUGUUGCGUUGAUGAAGACCCUUCGUUCGACGUUUGAUGCAUCACCUAGAGAGCUUGGAAUAUCUUUUACGAUCCCAUCUUCGUACUGGUAUCUGCGAUGGUUCGAUAUGCCAGGCAUGAUGAAGUAUGCAGAUUGGACUAACUUGAUGAGUUACGACCUACACGGUGUUUGGGACGCAAACAACCCCAUCGGCAGCAUCGUCCAAGGCCACACCAACCUAACCGACAUCAAAAAAGCCGCAUCCCUCCUCUGGCGUGUCGGCAUAAAACCCUCCCAAAUAGCCCUAGGCUUCGGCUUCUACGGCCGGUCCUUCGAACUCUCAGACCCCACAUGCUCAAAACCAGGAUGUCCGUUUAGCGGCGGCGCAAAACCAGGCCCAUGCUCCGCGACGAGUGGAGUUCUGAUGCACUAUGAGAUUCAGGCAAUGAUAAACCAGCUUUCUCGUCCGACGAUUGACUCUGAUGGAGCUCAAGUCUCUGCUCUGAAGCCGACUCAUGACGAGGAUGCAGCGGUGAAUUAUGUCGUUUUUGAUAAUAACCAGUGGGUUUCGUAUGAUGAUGCAAAGACGUUUAAGCAGAAACUUGAUUGGGCGAAUGGUAUUGGGAUGGGGGGCUCGCUUAUCUGGGCUUCUGAUACAGAUAAUUCACAGUAUAGUGCUAUGUCUGAAUUUACUGGGAAGAGGGUGUUUCAUCCGGAUCUUGCGUCGAAAGCACUUCAGCAGUCGGAGCUUACUAUUGUGCGGAAUCACGUUGGAGAAAAUGGCCAGGAUUGUGAAAUGAUGAAGGACUGCGUUGAUCCUGACAUCGUCCGAUGCCCUAAUGGCCAUAAGAAGAUGGGAUGGGAUAAGGCUGGCUGCAAGUCAGGAGGGAAACUGAUAUGCUGCCCAACACGCUCUGCACCACAUUCGUGUACAUGGCGUGGUAGUGGCGGCGACUGCAACGGGCAGUGCCAUGCUGGCGAAUCCACAUUAUUCAAGUCCUCAUGUGGCACUGACUGCAAAACGGGCGAAAAGGAGCUUGCCAGAACGCGAGAUGGAUGCAAUCUCAUCCAUCCCCACAGUAGAUAUUGCUGUCCCUCUGAUACAUUAUUGCACGACUGCACAUGGCGAGGCAGCCUUCCAGAUUGUCCAGACGCAAAAUGCAAGGAUGACGAAGUCGCAAUUCUAAACAAUGGGUAUGCUGAUGGCUGGAUGAGAUGUUCGUGGGGACGAAAGAAAACCAACUGCUGCAAGGUAUCCAAGCCCCCACCGCCACAAAUAUCCUGCAAGAUCACAAGUUGCAACAUCAUAGACAACCUCUGUGACGACUCACUGGACACAGUGGGCACUUUAUCAACGCGAGAUAAAAACGGGCAGGAACUGCACACAUUCGAGAAGCGCGGAAAUCCAAGAGAUUUCCACUGGAAGCUAACGGCCGGCUUGGUUAUGACCGAGUGGUCAAGAUCUCGUACUUGCGGGACUCCCAGACUGCACCAGGUGAAUAUCGACAUCAACGAUCCACCUCCUGCUAUGAGUAACACUGAGCAUCCUGUGCCAUUACUAAUCGUAUCUCGAUUUGCCGCAACGGCAAACCAUGGCAGACUCCCCUUAGCGAGGCCCAUACGGACCGUCGAUGACACGGUACCGCAGGGGCGACGCACUCGUACCAGAGCGAUUCCGGAUCCUUUCUGGCAGAAUGUAUGGGGCAACGCUAUUGGUCUUCCUGCUGGGUUACCUCCCGUGGCAUCAAAUUCACCUGAUCUUCGCCAGCCCGGGCAGCGCAUUUUCGAAAGAAUCGGUUCGAAUACUAACCCCAGUCAUUUCGUCCUCCUUCGAGACUCGGUUAACGCCAUAAAGGGGAGACUAGAGGGCUUUGCUAGUCCAAUUGACGUUAGUGUAUGGGAGAGAUAUGUUAGGCAGGCUGCUGGGAGGCAUGGAUCGGAACUUGACGUGAUGACGUUUAUGGCGCCACUUCGUGAUACAGUUGCGGUGUUUCAGUAUUUGCGGGACCCUAUGGUGAUGGAGCGCAUGGAUGCAGUCGCCAGUGGUAUUCUUGAUGAUUUGCGGUUAAUUGAACUUCACACCCAAGGUGGUGAUGGUUUGUCAGCCCAUUGGAAUGAAUUCUACCCCUACUACUUCGAACAGGUUUCGCAAUUUGCGCGCAAUUGGCUCCAAAGACGAAUUGACUACGCUCGACGACAAUAUAGAGCGUCUGAUAAUUAUCUUCGCGAAAGUGUAGAGAGGGAUCUAUUGGAACUCGAAAACCAGAUUCCAGACAUGAAAUAUCCAUGGGAGGACUAG